GGUGGUCACGUGACAUAUCCGGCCGCGCUCCCGCCGCGCGUGCCCAACAACGAUGAAUGGCGGGAUGGCGCCGGGGUAGCGCCCACCCGACGUCCACCAUCCGGGGGCACGGUUGUAGUAGUAACAGUAGUCGUAGUACUAGUAGUCGUUGCGAGCACUUGACGCGUUCGUGACUUGCUUGUUCGUGUUGUAAAAUAAUAAUAAUAAUAACAAAAGCGGGCACGCGCACGCCCUGACAGGCGGUGUCCUGCGUGUCACGUGAUCCGACGAAGGGCGCGAGGCGGAUGUUACCGGCAAACACGCACGGAAAAAGAAGAAGAGAGGGAAGAGGAGAAAAAGAAGGUCCACUCUCUGUCCCUAUUUUCACCCCGAACUCGCGCGGAUGUGAGACUUUUUGAGCGGCCGGGCGAGAAGCAAAAGUUGAGACCACGUCCAUCGUUGUUGUGUAUCCAUUGUCGCUCGUUGGCGAAGGGGUGGCGAGGAUAAGCCCCACAUGAGCACAGGUCGUCCGGCACGGACACUGCGACCGGCACCGCGAUGGCCAACGACUCCAUACAAAGUGAUCCGGGCGGGCUGUCGGUACUAGAGCAACUGGGUCUGGACCAGAACUCCGACUUCUCUGACUCAAGUGUGCAGCAGCUCCUGGACGAGCAGCGCGAGAGGAUUCGCCGAGAGAUCCGCAAGGAGCUGAAGAUUAAAGAGGGAGCCGAGAACCUCCGCAGGGCCACCACGGACAAGAGGAACGCUCAGCAGGUAGAUAACCAACUCCGGAGUUCCAAUCGCAGGCUAGAUAACCUUCACGCCCAGCUCCAAGAACUGGACGCUCACAUAGUGGUGAAGGGAGGAGAUGAGUAUAAAGAUGAAUGUCCUCAGUCUCCCGGGACGGAGAGCAGAACGUCAGCCCACAAGGAGCGAAUCGCCGCCCUGGAGAGGCAACUUAACAUUGAGCUCAAAGUCAAGCAAGGAGUUGAGAACAUGAUCCCCAUCUACGCCAAUGGAUCCACCAAGGAUAAGAAGAUGUUGCAGACGGCCCAGCAGAUGCUGCAGGACAGUAAAACCAAAAUAGACAUCAUUCGCAUGCAAAUCCGCAAAGCUGUGCAGGCCACCGCGCAUGACGGCGACACACAGGGUAACCACGACAUGUGUGGGGUGGAGUUGCGCAUUGAGGAGCUGAGGCAUCACUACAGGGUGGAACAUGCUGUUGCCGAGGGGGCCAAAAACGUGCUCAGACUCCUGGGGGCCAGCAAGGUUCAGGACAAGAAAGCUCUUUCCGAGGCACAGUCUCGACUGAGCGAGGCCUCUCAGCGCUUGGACCUGCUGAGGGAUUCUCUGGACCACCGUCUGGCCGAACUACCCGAGGACCACCCCAAGGCCAAUGUGAUCAAAGAGGAGAUGGUGCUCUCCUCCUCACCGGCCUUCAGCUCUCGCCACGGUGCCCCCUACGUAUACAACCAGUACAGCACCCUGAGCAAGCCCUCACCGCUCACUGGUACCUUGCAGGUGCAGCUACUGGGCUGCGUGGGGUUGUUGGAGGCGGUGCCAGGGCGCAAUAAGGGGACUCCUGUCAAUUUGCCCUGUUACUGCCCUGGAGAUACACGGUACUUCAUGAGAGGCAACAAGGGACUCUACAGUCGCAGUGGUUCAGUCAGUGGGAAGACACCGAGUAAGAUGGAGGAGCUCUCAUCUGAGGUGAGCGCUGUGCUCAAGUUGGACAACACAGUGGUGGGCCAGACUGCUUGGAAGACUGUGGGGGAGCAGGCCUGGGACCAGACUUUCACUGUGGAGCUGGAAAGGUCAAGGGAGAUGGAGAUCGCGGUGUACUGGAAGGACUAUCGCUUGCUCUGCGCUGUCAAGUACCUGAAGCUGGAAGAGUUCCUGGACAACCAGAAGCACACAGUUCAGCUGGAGCUGGAACCUCAGGGUCUGCUGCUUGCUGAGGUGACAUUCUUCAACCCCGUUAUUGAGAGGGUCCCUCGCUUACAAAGGCAAAAGAAGGUCUUUUCCAAGCAGCAAGGCAAGGCAUUCCUCCGAGCUCGCCAAAUGAAUGUCGACAUCGGGACGUGGGUGCGGCUUCUACGGAACGCCAUUCCCACUGUUAACAACUCGGGAACCUACAGUCCCAGCGCACACAGCUUACCACUCAAUUCUGGGGAGAUCUCCGUGGAGAAGCUAAGUCUGGAUAGCGACUCGCCGAUAAGGGGCGAUUACAAGCGAGAUGCAGACAUGAACACACCGGAGCGACUGCCAAUCAUCGAGCCCUUUACCCCCUCAGACCUCACCCCUGAGUGCCCUGUCCGAACGCCAUCUGUCAGCAGUAAGCAGAGGAAAGGCCCUCUGUCUCUCCAAGACUUCAGGCUGAUAGCAGUGUUGGGACGAGGCCAUUUUGGGAAGGUGUUAUUGUCCGAGUACAAGAAGACAGGCACCAUGUUUGCCAUCAAAGCUCUGAAGAAAGGCGAUAUAAUAGCUCGUGAUGAGGUCGAAAGUCUGAUGUGCGAGAAGCGCAUCUUUGAGACAGUGAACAUGUCGCAUCACCCCUUCCUGGUCAACCUGUUUGCGUGCUUCCAGACACCGGAGCACGUGUGUUUCGUCAUGGAGUACACGGCGGGAGGCGACCUGAUGAUGCACAUCCACACCGACGUCUUCACCGAGCCUCGAGCCAUGUUUUAUGCUGCCUGUGUGGUUCUUGGACUUCAGUUCCUGCAUGACCAUAAGAUUGUCUACAGAGAUUUGAAGCUGGACAACCUGCUGCUGGACACGGACGGCUACGUGAAGAUCGCCGAUUUUGGCCUGUGCAAAGAAGGCAUGGGUUACGGUGACCGCACCAGCACUUUCUGCGGGACGCCGGAGUUUUUGGCACCCGAAGUCCUGACGGAUACAUCCUACACCAGGGCAGUGGAUUGGUGGGGGCUGGGGGUCCUUAUCUACGAGAUGUUGGUGGGAGAGUCACCGUUCCCAGGCGAUGACGAAGAGGAGGUGUUUGACAGCAUCGUGAACGACGAAGUGCGCUACCCCCGCUUCCUCUCGACAGAAGCGAUCGGGAUCAUGAGACGGCUGCUAAGGAGAAACCCAGAGAGGCGACUCGGCUCCGGUGAGAAGGAUGCAGAGGAAGUGAAGAAGCAGCAAUUCUUCAGGAACAUGGACUGGGAGGCACUGCUGCAGAGGAAGGUGCCUCCUCCCUUCAUCCCCUCCAUCGGCGACAAGGAAGACGUCAGCAACUUUGACGAGGAAUUCACCACGGAGCGGCCGGCCCUGACACCCCCGCGAGAACCUCGCGUUCUCACACGCAAGGACCAGGACAGCUUCCUGGACUUCGACUACGUUUCGGACGUCUGCUAGUGGCGGGGGAUGUUGUUUUGUGACGUGCUCUCACUUCUGCCCAUAUGAUUGUUUCAUUAGAACACUGUGAAUGAAUGUGGAUGACACUGAAGUUGGGUUUUUUUCCUGCAUCUGUGGGCUUUUAUAGGCGCAGGCUGAAGGAGACCGGAUAAAUUAUUGGCUGGAGAAAAUAUGUAGGAGUCAACUCGCUGCCUCUCAUUACCGAUGCCUUACAUUUGUAUUUGUAUCAGACACGGACCAGUAAAGCUUUUAUGUUGUCAAAUCUUUGUAUAGAGUAGCAGGAAGACUCACGAGAUGAUCUGCACACGUACAUGCCUUUUUUUUUUUUUUUUUUAAAGAAUCGAGAAAAAAAAUGACCUCCUGUCAAAAAGUCAACACACUGAGGAUGAAUCCUCACAUUCAGAUAUGAACCUAAAAAUAGACCACAGGGUAAAUGACCACUGUCUUGACGUCAAUGCUGUCGACGUCUUCUUAUUUAUGCUGUACGGAUUUUCACGUGACUGCUUUACAGCAGCGUUUGGUGCAAAAAUUGACUUUUGACAGCUGUAAUAUUGCAAAUACCCUUCACAUUUGUUUCUCGGUUGGAUUCCGUUAGGGUAUAAUAAAUGCAAUAAAACGGUGAGUGCAGUAAGCACACGCCACAAAUACCAGA